AUGGACGGCGGCGCGAGCUUAGGGCCCGGCGCGCAGCUCUUCCUUCUCACCCUGCUGGCGUCUUCCGUGUCUCCCGUCCGCUGUGUUACCCUCGCCAACUCCCAAGCUCUUGUGGACUUGCACGAGGAGGGGUGGUCGAUCCAAUCACCCUCUCACCGCUCCCCUCGUCUACUCCUCCCUGCCACCUCCCUCCGUCUACGCCUCCCUCCACCUCCCUCCGUUUACCCCUCCCUCCACCUUCCUCCGUCUACCUCUCCCUCCCACCUCUGCCCCCAGCGCAAGCUCUUCUGA